AUGUCUGGACGAGGCAAACAAGGCGGCAAGACUCGUGCUAAGGCAAAGACUCGCUCAUCUCGGGCCGGACUGCAGUUCCCAGUCGGCCGUGUUCACAGGCUCUUGAGGAAAGGCAAUUAUGCCGAGCGGGUGGGAGCCGGAGCUCCGGUCUAUCUGGCCGCAGUUCUCGAGUACCUGACUGCUGAGAUCCUGGAGUUGGCUGGUAACGCUGCCCGGGAUAACAAGAAGACCCGCAUCAUCCCCAGGCACCUGCAGCUCGCUGUGCGCAACGAUGAGGAGCUCAACAAACUGCUCGGAGGAGUCACUAUCGCUCAGGGCGGGGUCCUGCCCAACAUCCAGUCUGUGCUGCUGCCCAAGAAAACCGAGAGCUCCAAGUCGGCCAAGAGCAAGUGAAGCGCCCCCAUCAGAGAACAACACAAAGGCUCUUUUCAGAGCCGCCCACACCCGCUUAAACAGAGCUGCACAGACACACAGGGAGGGGGUUUGUUUUUUUAGUUAGAGAAUUGAAGCGAAUUCCGUACACACUGCGCGUGGUUUAUUCCUGAGCUCGCCGAGUUUUAUCCGUUUUGUUUGGGCUAAUUCGUACAAACAUUUCAGGAGUUUAAAUUAGUCAGUGACUCGUAAUCAUAAUUGAAUUCUACACGUUCGCACUACUGACCUGUGCUGCGAUAUGUAAGGCCACAACCAGGGAAACAUCUCAUUUAUUACCCUAAUGUCCCGCAGAAUCCCGAUCUGCUACAGGAGAAAAGCCUGACGGAGUUGUACAUCGCUGCCUCUGAACUGGCGCUGUCGGAGCAGAGUUGCAUGAAACCAC